AUGCACACUACUCUCGCCAUCCCCUUCAUCGCCCUCCUCUCCCUCACCAACGCCGUAUCGCUUAAGCUCCGCAACGCUCCUGACGCUCAAUGCGGUACCUGCAAUCCCACCGCCGGACAGAAUCUGUGCGAUGUCUCCACAUCCUGUAUCGCCACCGGAAUGAGCAACUAUUGUGCCUGCAGAGCCGGAUACAAGGCCGUCGCUGGCCAGGGCGACCCUUCGGUGCAGUUCCGCUUGACUGGGGCAGACUUCGAGAAUCGCGUCUUUGUGCCAACCGGCGUGAGCUGCGAUGUGCUCUGCGACGAUCCAUACGCUGGGCCUGGCCCCAAUGGCCUGUGCUCUGAGGUUAUUUUGACGACUUGUGCGCCCUAA